UCGCCAGUUAUCGACACCGUUUUAUCCGUUACUUGUUCGGUAGGUUACCUGUAUAAUAUUAUUAUGAUAUUGAAUGCGAUCGAUUAUAAGAGCAUUGCCCAUGCAAUAUAAAUAUAAUAUUAUACAUAAUACAUGCAUAUACGCGUCUUACCCGAUUUAUCGACUGUUAAUUCACAAUUUACUGUUUAGUUGAAAAUAAAACGCUACAACGGGCGUACGUAAAUAAUUUCUGAUCAGAGUGCUUAAAAAUUACAACGAAUACCGUACGCAUAUAGACAAUAAGAUGGUCGAGCUGCAAACCGUCAACGAAGAUUUGCGCAAUGAACGGACGAAGUGCACCUUCAAUCAGGAGGAGCUGACGAAUUUCAUUGACGGCGGCGCGGAGAGUACCGACAUAAGACGAAAUAUCGCGAAUUUUUUCUUCAGCGAUCCACGAUUCAAGGACGAAGUGCCUGUGGAGUACCUAAGCCACCAAGAACAUUACGAACAGUCGAUUCGGAAAGCUUGCAUAUUUUACGAGAAGAUGAAAGAAUGGGAGGAGAUUUCAAAUAGCAACAUGUUGGAGAUUUACACUGUGAUAUGGACUAGUGGAAUAGAUACAGCUAUUUUAAAACAAAGUAUACCUUUUGCCGUUCAUACUAUUAUGUUUUUGCCAUCUCUAGUUGGUCAAGGCACUCAGGAACAGAAAGAAGAAUGGGUUGGACGUGCCUUUAAGUAUUCAAUUUUGGGUACUUAUGCUCAGACUGAACUUGGACAUGGAACUUUUAUUCGGGGGUUAGAAACAACGUGCACGUAUGAUCCGGAUAACGAAGAGUUUAUUUUAAAUAGUCCGACAUUGACAUCGUACAAAUGGUGGCCCGGCGGACUUGGACACAGUUGUAACUACGCAAUUGUUCUCGCUCAACUUUACACUCAAGGCAUACAUCGUGGGAUACACCCGUUCAUUGUUCAAUUAAGGGAUUCAGAAACAUGGAUGCCGAUGCCUGGAAUCAAAGUUGGCGAAAUCGGCAGUAAAAUGGGAAUGAACUCUGCGAACAAUGGAUAUUUGGCGUUUAAUAACGUUAGAUUACCUCGAAUGCACAUGUUAAUGAAAAAUUCUAAAGUUCAUAAGGAUGGAACUUAUGAAAAAUCACCUCAUGAAAAAUUAACAUACGGCACAAUGAUACUUGUACGGGUAUUAAUUGUUAAAAGUCUAGUAACUAGCUAUUUAAUGAAAUCAGCAACAAUUGCAAUAAGAUACAGCGCGAUUCGUCGGCAAUCGGAACUGAAACCCGGUGAACGAGAACCUCAAGUUUUAGAUUACCAAACACAACAGUACAAGUUGUUCCCAGUUAUCGCCUCAUGUUUAGUGUACAAAUUUGCAGCUAAAUGGUUAUGGGAUAAAUACUCUGCAGUAACAUCGCAAUUAGAACGAGGUGAUUUAGUUCAAUUGCCGGAGUUACAUGCUAUGGCCUGUUGUCUGAAAGCUGUUGGCACGGCCGAUGCGUCUGUCAGCGUGACGUCUUGUCGUUUGGCGUGUGGCGGUCACGGAUACAUGAACUGCAGCAAUCUGCCGAACAUCUAUUCACUCUCUACUGCUACGGAAAUCUACGAAGGCGAAAACACAGUACUGCUUUUGCAAACGGCGAGAUUUUUGAUGAAAUCUUACGAAACCGUGCAACUGGGAAACUAUGUGUCUACGUCGGAUUCCCUGUCAUACUUGAAUAACUACAACAGCUUAAAAAAAUCACCUUGGACGACGACGUUAGAUUGUAUGACCAGCGCGUUUUUCCAAGUCGCCGGAAGUAAAAUCGACGACUGUUACUUCACCAUGAAACGACUGAUGGAUUCUGGAACGGCUCAAGAAGAUGCUUGGAAUCAAACAUCCAUUAAACUUAUUCAAGCAUCUGAAGCGCAUUGCAGAGCGUUUGUGAUUAGCGUAUACGUAAAAACACUUGAAACGAAUCAGUUUUCGCCAGAGCUGAUGGCCGUUCUUACUCAACUCGGCGAGCUAAUUUGUGCGCAGUGGAUAUUAAAUAGACUCGGCGAUUUUCUACAGCAUUCCAACCUAAAACCAAACGAUGUACAUUCAAUACAAAGUUUAUUAGAAGACUGUUUAGAACGUAUUAGGCCCAACGCAGUCGGUCUAGUUGACAGUUUUGAUAUACGGGACGAAAUAUUGGACUCCGCGUUAGGAUCCUACGACGGAAAUGUAUACGAACGGCUUUUGUCGGAAGCCAAUAAAAGCCCUCUGAACAAAGAACCAGUGAACCGCUCGUUUGAGCUGUACUUGAAACCGUUUUUAAAAUCCAACAUGUAAAUAAAAUCCAUUAUUCCAGCUGCGUUUGUAAAAAUAUCGUUGGAGAGAAUAUCAUUUAUGAGGAUAAUAUUAUGUUAAUAAUUCAUUUUGCACAAUUAGGUAUUUAAUAAACCAAAAAAUAAAAUACCUUGUUAAAUACAAUUGUAUUUAUUUAAGUUUUAGAACUAAUAUAAUUAAUAUGAUUUAUCAAAAUCAAAAUAUAAUACAAUACCUACUGAUUACUACUUCGUAGUAUAGAAACAUAUUACGGUAGGUAGAGUAUAUAACAUGAUGAGUAACAAAAUAUCAAAUAUAGGUACCUAGUUAAAAACCAGUGCUGUAUAUCUGAUUUCUAAAAUGUAUUAGACGUUAAGGCAAUAUAAAUAUGAUAAAUAAAAAUUUAAAAUUAUAUUAUUGGAACCUAUUAGUUACAAUUAAUAUGAUAUGGACAAUUCAAUCAAAUUUAUAAAAAAAAAUCAUUAUUUUAAGCAAUGGGCUUUCAAAAUUGU